UUUUUUUUUUAAGAUACGUGGUCGCAGACAAAAAAUGGAGGCCCGAGACAGACAAGUCCUUCGCUCACUUCGUCUGGAGCUGGGUGCAGAGGUAUUGGUGGAGGGACUGGUUCUUCAGUACCUUUACCAGGAAGGAAUCUUGACGGAAAAUCAUGUUCAAGAAAUCAAAGCUCAAGCCACAGGCCUCAGGAAGACAAUGUUGUUGCUGGAUAUCCUGCCCUCCAGGGGUCCUAAAGCAUUUGAUACCUUCCUGGAUUCCUUACAGGAGUUUCCCUGGGUCAGGGAGAAGCUGGAGAAGGCAAGGGAGGAAACCAUCACUGAGCUACCUGCAGGUAGGCCUCAAAAAGAUCAUAUCACCCCAGCUCCAAGGUUGUUACAACCAUGCUCUUUGGAUGGGAAGUUGGUGGUAUUAGGCUAGGCAGGGAUUAGCAGUUCAUGAGUACGGGCAAGGAAUUUGGAUGGAGGGGACAUGGCAUUGGAGGGACAGGAUGAGGAGGUGGCAUUAAGAAAUGCCGGGAAGAAAGGAAGAAUGGACCAUGAGAGUGAGAGGUUGAGGAGAGAGCUCAGUACUUUUAGAAUGCUUCCAGGGAAGCUUGGCAUGUUUUCAUCAGAGAGCCUGGUCCUAUCUCAACUGUUGGCACCAGGAGCUACUUGGAAAGUGCAGAUGGGAAAGCAGGCUUUGGCCUACUUGAUAACUGAUUUGUGGGGUGCCAGGCUGCCAGCUGGAAAGGUCAGAUUUGUGGAGGAGGAGACAGCCUCUAGGAAGGCAUGGCCUGCACCUGUCCCCUGGGCUGGUCCAGGAGGCCAGAGGGGAUUAUUUUGAAGACUGACUUAGUUUGUUUUUAAAGGCUGUUGGUUUCAUAAAGGGUCCUUUUUAGUUUGGCUUUGUUCAGACACCUGGAGUAUUUAGUUUUAUAAGGUAGUAGUUUGGGGAGGGCCUUAUUUUGACUUUAAGGAGAGUUGGAAGCUAUGGAAAAACAGCUCUGGUGCUGUUUGCCAGGCUUGUAGCAGGAAGAAUAUGUAAUGUGGAGCACUUGUUCCCUUUUACACCUCCCAUGACUUCUGCAAAGAUUGGGGAACAGAGGGCUCGAUUGGCAAGAAUAUAAAAUUUUAAAAAUGAAGAUAACUGAAAGUUGACUUGCAAAAUUUUUACAGGAAAUUAAGAAAUGAAAUGAAAAUGGGGUCACAUGUCUACAACUGACGUGCAUCAGGACUAUUUACGUCACCAAAAUGAUCAUAUAAUUAAACAGUACUUCAACGUGAAAGACUUUCAGUUUAUGUUAUGUUUCCAACUGGUGUGUUGCCAGGAGGAACUGCUAAGUCAAAUACCAGGAAAACACCAAUGAUUUUUAACAUCUCCUGAUUCUUUUAUGUAUUCUGCUUUGAAAAAAGUGGUCUGUCUUAUGGAUAUUUUAGCUUGGUUUUGCUCAGACAUGUUGAAUAUUUAAUUUUAUAAGUACAAUCCACAUUGAGUUAACAAUUCCCUUAGCAGAGUUAAGAAGCCAGCACUGUUUGAGGUUUCUAAUAGAGUGAUAGAACUACUCCAAGUCAGUAGUGUCCAGACUGUGUUGUUACUGUUUUUAUAACUGGCUAAAAACACCAAUAUGACUAGAAAGAAAUCACUUUUAUUAUUUUUGCCCCAUAGACCUUAUAUUUUGAUUUUUCAGACCACAUUUACUAAGUAAUCAUAAUUAAUUCUUCUCUCUGCAUUAAUUAUAUGUAUCAGCAUAUCUGACAUAAUUAACUUUAGGAAGACCUGGUAAAAUCUCAGUGGAAAAAAAACCAAAAAUAUUUUUUAUCACUAGCUUGGCCAGAUUACAUGUAAAUGUACUAUUUAGGCUUUUUGAAGUACUAAAAAUGGCUGGCCUUUGAGGACCACUAGAAUUCUCAGUUAGAUCAUCCUUACAAAAUUAAAUGCUCUACAUGUCUGAAAGUAUGUAAAAUGCUUCUACCACUUUACUGAAAGCAGACUAUAACACCAAAUUAGGGACAUGUUAAAAAAUUACUGGUGUUUUCCUAGUAUUUGACUUAGAGGUUCCUCCUGGCAACACAUAGUUGGAAACAACCAGGCAAACUGAAAGCUUUUCACUAUUAAAAUACGCAGUUUAGUUACAUGAUAAU